UGAAUUCCUUAUAAAAUGAUAAAGAAUUAGCAUCAGAUAUCUUAACUAAAAAGAAAGAAUUAUAAGAUUAAAGUAUGAGAAUCUUAAGUUUAACUUAAGGUAUAAUGAAUUUUUUAUUAAUUUAGAGGAAUAUAAUUAUAAAAAGAAAUUAUACAACUCAGAAAAAGCAAAAAGACAUGAAGAAAAUUAGUUAUUAGAAGAAUCGCUUCUAAUCUAUAAAGAAAAGAUUGGCACUGUUAAUGAAUAUUUGAAAAAGAGAGUCAACGAGUAUGUUGGAGAAUCUUUAAUCGAAGAACAUGUUGUUAGCAAUUAAGCUCCAGUUCAAAAUAGAAAGGGAAAAUAAUGAUAAAAACACAC